AAUUGACAUUAGAAUUUAUUUCAUUUUGAGGCGGGCGAUAACUGUGUCAUAAUAAACAAAAAUGUUAUUCUACUCAUUUUUCAAAUCUUUAAUUGGAAAAGACGUGGUUGUGGAGCUCAAAAAUGACCUGAGCAUAUGCGGGACGUUACACUCUGUGGAUCAAUACUUGAACAUAAAACUAUCUGAUAUAAGCGUCAUCGAUCCGGACAAAUAUCCUCAUAUGCUGUCGGUAAAGAAUUGUUUUAUCCGAGGGUCUGUGGUUCGUUACGUGCAGCUGCCGGCAGACGAAGUCGACACUCAACUCCUGCAAGAUGCUGCACGGAAAGAAGCUACCGUUUCUACAAGAUAAUCCUAACCUAUAAACAGCGUUCGAAUUUGCUGUUUGGACUUAUAAGUGGGUGUAAAUACUAAUUUAAGCGUAAAUUUUUCAAUAAAAUUCUAACGUGUCUCAUUAA